AUGGCUGGAACAAACUUUCCAACUCCAAGUAGGGGUUACGUUUUUAUGAGCAAACUCCUAGGAGGAAGGAUGUUAUAUCGCGGCAAAAAAGAAGCACCUAUAGUUCUUGGUUUGCGGCAUCCUUGGGAACAUUCCGAUCAUGAAAACGGUCACAGUGAAAAUAACGAAACACAUUGA